AUGGCUCCAAAGAAAGGUGAUAGUAAAAGUAAGAAGAGAAUUCAGGAAAGACAAAAAGAUGAUCGAAAGAAAAUGAAACGAAGAACAUCCAAGAAUUACAAUUUGAAAAUUAGAGAACGAGAUCGGACACGGAAAGCAAGACAAAGAUUAAAUUCAAAAACACCACGAGAGCAACCAUUAUCAGAUAGAGUCACAGCUAGACGAAAAGAAGGUGUACGUCGACGUCGAGCCUAUGUAACGCAGCUUCGUCGUCGUAUUGAACAGUUAAUAAAAUUAUCGUAUGUACACAGAAUUCAAGUUAAACGUCUACGAUGUCAGUUACUGAAACAAAAACAAAAGAUUGAACAUUUAACGAAUUUAUUAAAAUCAAACUAUAAAAUUUCUAGUAACUCUUCUGUUACUGAUACUGAUGAAACAAUGAAUACUGAUGGUAAUGUUACAAAAAAUAUUACGGUAAAAGUUUGUUGGCAUAUCAAGUGA